CUGCGCUCCGUCUCUCUGUUGGAUAAGCACCAUGAAGCUCUUCCUGGUCGAAGCUCGUCGUCUCUCCCUCCCCAAACACUCCUCUCUGUUCCUACCUCUAUACAGAUCCCUCUCCUCUUCCCCUCUUCAACCAGAAACCACCCAAAAUCCUCCCCAAUCGGAGGAUUCCAAAUCUCCUCUGCCAAGACGACCGCAACUCAUUCCCAUCCAGCCGGUUUCUUACUCCCCAAGGCCCAAACAUGAAACCCAACAGCAAGGAGCACCCCCCUCCCACGCAAGCCCACAGCAACAAGCACCACCAAUUGAAACACCCAAUCAACCAGUGACUCAAGAGGCUCGCUCAAGCUGGACCUUGGAGGACCUCCGGUAUGUCAAAAAUGUUCCCAGCGUCAUGCCUGUGUCUUACCCUACUCGGAUUGCCCCGCUUCCGGAGGACCGUGCGCCUCGGGAAGAACGGAAGGAAAUGAAUGAUCUCCGUAAAGAGGAGAGUGGGGAUAUGGAGAGGGAAAGGCAAAGAAUUGAGAUGGAGAAUCGAGAGAUGAGGAGGGCUUUCCGGAUUGCAGUAGAUGGAGAGAAGGGCAUGGUUCCUUUUCCAAUGUUGAUUAAGCCUGAGAAGAAGAACGAGAAGCGGCCUGUUCUGGAUUUGAUGGACGCCAUUAGGCAAGUCAAGGCUAAUGCAAAGGCAGCAUUUGAUGAGACUCUUGAAGCUCAUGUACGAUUGGCUGUUGAUCAAAAGCGGUCUGAACUGAUUGUUCGUGGUACCAUGGCACUUCCUCAUGGUGCUAAAAAGGGAGUCAGGGUGGCUGUUUUUGCUGAAGGUGCUGAUGCUGAUGAAGCUAGAGAUGCAGGAGCUGAUAUUGUUGGUGGAGUUGAACUUAUUGAAGAAAUUGCAAGUGCUGGGAAGAUUGAAUUUGACCGAUGUUUUUCAACUCCUAAAGUCAUGCCCAAGCUAUUUAAGAUAUCAAGGAUUCUUAAUCAGCAUGGUCUGAUGCCAAACCCUAAGCAAGGUACUGUAACCAAGGAUGUGACCAAAGCGAUAAAAGAAGCCAAAGAGGGUCAAGUUAAAUUUAGAAUGGACAAGACAUCAAUUGUGCAUGUUGGACUUGGAAAGGUGAGUUUUUCAGAGGAGUCUUUGCGCGACAAUAUUGGUGCAUUUAUGAACGCACUUUUGCUAGCAAAGCCUGCUGGCUUAAAGAAGACUUCUAAAUAUGCGGGGUAUGUGAACUCUUUCCAUAUAUGCGGCACGAUGAGUCCAGGAUUUCCUGUUUCGAUACAAUCAUUAUCAAGAGCUGCUGAUCAUUACAGCAAAGUGUACCUUACUGCCUGAUAAAUUUGCCAAUCAACUCCCUGCAUGGUACUUUAUUUAAAGCAAGAAGAUCAAGAAUUGUUUCUGCAUCUUAUGCUUUGAUUUUUUUUUUUUUCUUUUUUGGCCAGUAAUAAUGUUUAGAUUUUGGAAUACAACAAAAACAGCUGGACUUUUGGGUUAGGAGUCUUUUUUUCAUUCCUUUUUUUUUUUUUUUUUUUUUGGUUGUAAAAUUAGAACUGCCGUUUCCCAUUUUUCCCUGAAAUUCUUUCUCCAGAAUGUCUUCUGUUCUUGAAUCCUGAAAAGGUGAACAU